AUAAGUAGAGUAAAGAUAUUACGAGUAUACAUAAAGGUGUCGUCAUUUAUUUGAAACCAUGAGUGGAAAUAUUAACAUUACGAUGGAAUACCAAAAAGUUCCUAGUAAAGAAAAUGGAGGCUGUGAAAAAUCUGACAUUCCAGAGUCUUACGGCUUGGGAGUACGCCACAUACAAGUACUUCUUGGUUUUUUAUCGUUGAGCGUUGGUUUCAUAGCCAGGGCCCACAUGGGGGUCACUGUGGUUGCCAUGAGUAGUUCUCUAAGCCCACAAUAUAAUAUAUCAGCAGAUGUAACAAAUGUCACGAGGUUCGUAGCAAAUACUACAACAUGGGAAGACAUGGAUUAUGAUAAUGGCACAUUGUUUAAUGAGGAAUUUGAAAUAGAAAAUAGCACAGAUGGAAUAUCUAAAAUAGUGAAAAGAAACGUACCUGACGAUGGAAGCAGUGUUGGGAGCAGUUUAAAUAGGAAGUACAACUGGUCCAAAUCAAUCCAAGAGAUGGUGCUUGGUUCGUUCUUCCUGGGAUACACCAUAAUGAUGCUGCCCAUGGGCAUUGUGAGCCAAAAAUUUGGCUGGAAGCUGCCGGUACAAAUAGCGUUGUUCGUGAACGCCAUCGCUUCCAUAGCGAUCCCAUGGAUGGCUGCUUGGGGUGGCUGGAAAGCAGUCUGCGCUUGCCGCAUCCUUCAAGGCUUAUCCCAGGCGGGGUAUUACCCGGGCCUGCAAACGUUCACGGCUCGGUGGUCUUCGUUCGGCGAGCGAGCUAGAUUCUACGGCUGGGUUUUUACAGGCACAACCUUCGGCACCGUCAUAGCCUUCCAAAUGGCUGGUCUCCUAUCCGCCAGCUGGGGGUGGCCCUACACUUGCUAUGCCGCAGGCUGCCUGUGCCUCGUCAUGUUCAUCAUCCUGACCGUCUUCGGCGCCGUCACUCCUAUGGACCACAAAACCAUAACUGAGCAGGAGAGGAAGUUCAUCAUGGGGAAGUCGACUGAUGAUGGGAAAAGGAAACGAAAGUUGCCGUUAAAAGCUGCGGUGACCAACAAGCAUAUUAUGGCCAUCUUCUUCACGCACGUCGGUAGCAGUGUGGCUUUUGUUUUUAUGUUCACUCAGGCCCCUACCUACAUACAUUACAUACUAGAAGUUGACAUUAAGAAGAGUGGCCUUAUCUCAUCAAUGCCGUUCGUAACGAGCUUCUUUGCUGGCAUCAUCUACGCGUGUCUGUCCGACUUCCUGACCAACAGAAAUAUACUCAGUCUCAAAACAGCGAGGAUAGCCUUCAACUCAUUAGGUCAAUAUGGCAUGGCACUCUGUUUUCUGGCCAUCAGUUUCACCAAAAACGUAGAGUUGGCAACAAUAUGCUUGGUGUUGUCUAUGACAACGCAAACAGCGCAACACUCCGGAUGGAUGGUCAAUUACAUCGACUUGUCGCCUGCUUUCAGCGGUACUCUGUUGAGCAUGGGCAACACGAUUGCUUGCAGCUUCAUCUCAAUAUUACCCAUCCUGGUGUCAUUCGUCGUUACUGAUGUGACGAACCAAUUGCAAUGGCGCGUGAUCUUCAUCAGCAUGGCUGGCCUGGUGACGGUCGCCAAUAUCAUCUUCAGCUUGUACAUGUCCGUGGAGGUUCAGCCAUUCGACAAAGAUGACUGUGAACAGACAGAGACUGAAGAACUUCAGGACAUGAAGAUUAAAUAAAUUUUAUCCAAUUGUAAGAAAAUAAAUUAAUAAAAUCCGUUGUAG